CAUCAAAGCUGCCCAAAAUGGAUAAAUGUUUGUACCGUUGGUUUAUUAAGCAGCGGGAAAGAAAUUAUCCUAUAAAUGCAUUAGCGCUGAAGGAAAAAGCUAAAGAGAUUCAUCUAAAACUAAAAGAAAAAGAUUCAGCUUUUAACGCAAGUGAUGGGUGGCUGCAAGGAUUUAAGAAACGAUUUGGCAUUCGACUUCUUAAAAUAUCUGGAGAAAAGCUUUCUUCACAGCCUCAGCUUGUUGAUCCAUUUAAAGCAACUCUAAAAGCAAAAAUCGAAGAAAUGGGUCUAUGUCACGAUCAAUUGUACAAUGCUGAUGAAUCUGGCUUGUUCUGGAAAAUUUUGCCAGACAAAUCUUAUGUAUCAAGUGCCGAAAAGAGUGCUCCGGGAAUGAAGACGGAAAAACAACGAAUCACUUUUUUAUGUUGUGCUAAUGCAUCCGAAAAUCACAAUCUCAAACUGCUAGUAAUUGGAAAAGCUAGAAAUCAGCGCGUUUUUAAAAAUUUCAACUGCCCUACUGAGUACACAAGUUCCAAGUCCUUAUGGAUGACAUCAACUAUUUUUCGCGAUUGGUUUCAUAAAUCAUUUGUGCCGCAGGUUAAAAUUUUUCUUAUGUGGCAGAAUAGACAUAAUUUUUAACAAUUAAAAUUCUCUAUUUUUAGGUAAC